UGCCUUUCUCGUUUUGGCUUCCUUCCACUUCACAUCCUGUUUCUUCCGUAACGUUGCCUACGGUAAGCCGAGUAGCACAUCAUCAAAUUGAACUGGAUUGCCAAGAUGCCUUCGGAGAGCCAAUACCCAAGCUUGCCUAUCCCAGAUGUGGAUCUUUGGGCGUUUCUGUUUGAGAGAAAAGAAAAGCCAUUUGCGGAUGACAAGGUAAUCUACUAUGACCCAUACACCACACGUUCGUAUACAUAUGCACAAGUCAAGGAUGCUGCUAUCACUUUUGGCAAAGGCUUGAAAGCACUGUGGGACUGGCAGAAGGGUGAUGUACUUGCCUUGUACACACCUAACUGUAUCGACACUCCAGCGAUCACGUGGGGAUGUCACUGGGCAGGUGGUGUGCUGUCGCCUGCCAACCCGAACUAUACGGUCGAUGAGCUUGCUUUCCAGCUCAAAGACUCUGGCGCAAAGGGAUUGGUAACACAGUUGCCCUUUAUCAAAAAUGCGCAAGAGGCUGCAAGGAAGGUCGGAAUGCCUCUAGACAGAGUCAUUAUCAUGGGAGACCAGAGAGACCCUUCAUUCAAAGUGAAACACUUUACAGGUAUUAUCAACACGGCUGGAAGUGCCAGAUUUAGGAGAACGAAGGCGACCAACCCAGCUGAAGAUCUGGCAUUUUUGGUGUACAGCUCUGGCACUACGGGCCAUCCAAAAGGCGUCAUGCUUACCCAUCGAAAUAUUGUGGCCAACACAAUGAUGAUUAAAGCUGGAGAAGCUGGGAACCUGAAGCCUACCGGAGGGCCGACUGGCGAAGGGGAUAAGCUCCUUGCCUUUUUGCCAUUUUUCCACAUCUAUGGUCUGACAUGUCUGAUCCACCAAAGCUUGUUCUCUGGUCUUCAGCUUGUUGUCAUGCCAAAGUUUGACCUUGAGGAUUUUUGCAGGUUCAUCCAAGAACUCAAAAUCACAUUCGCCUAUGUCGUCCCACCCAUUGUCCUUUUGCUGAGCAAGCAUCCCCUGGUAUCCAAAUACGAUCUCAGCACGAUCCGCAUGAUGAACUCCGGAGCUGCGCCACUUACGCGAGAGCUUGUAGAUGCAGUAUAUGAUAGACUAAAGAUCCCCGUAAAGCAGGGAUAUGGCCUUUCGGAAACUAGUCCUACCACACACACUCAGCCAUGGGAAGACUGGAACAAGACGAUUGGCUCAGUUGGCAAACUGUUGCCUUAUCAGACAGCCAAGUACAUGUCUCCUGAUGAGAAAGAGAUGGCCGUUGGCGAGGUUGGAGAGUUGUGGAUCAAGGGUCCGAACGUUUUCAAGGGAUACCUGAACAACCCAGACGGAACCGCGCACGCAAAGACAGCCGACGGGUAUUUCAAGACUGGUGACGUUGGAUAUCAAGACAAGGAUGGCAAUUUCUACAUUACAGACCGUGUCAAGGAACUCAUCAAGUACAAGGGUUUCCAAGUGCCACCGGCAGAACUUGAGGGUAUUCUAGUUUCUCACCCGAAGGUUAACGACGUGGCAGUAAUAGGCGUGUACAGCAAAGAUGACGCAACAGAGCUUCCAAGGGCUUACAUUGUACCGAAAGAUGGUCUCGGCAAGACCGACGCAGACGCAAAAGAAAUUAUAGAUUGGUUGAGCACAAAGGUGGCGCAUCAUAAGAGGCUGAGGGGCGGUGUGAGGUGGGUGGAUGAGAUUCCCAAGUCUAUAAGCGGAAAGAUCCUCAGGAGGGUGCUCAAGCUUAAGGCGCAGGAGGAGGAAGAGGCGAAGGAGAAGGCAAAGUUGUAGUUUGUACAUGUUUGUCUUGAAAUGGAAUGAUUACAUGGACUUGUGAUUUCUGAGAAAUCAUGGAUGGUCAAUUCACU